CUCGUGACAUUCUCUGUUGCCUUCGGCCUCUGUAUUGCUACAAUGGGCCCGUCCGCUCGGCUUAUGUUGGAUUUCUUCAUCAUCAUGAACGAGAUCAUCAUGCGUUUGGUCCGACUCAUCAUGUGGUAUGCUCCCGUCGGUAUCGUCUUCCUCAUCAUCGGAAAAAUCCUCGGACUGCAGGAUCUGGCUGGAACGGCGGCGGGUCUCGGACUUUACAUGCUGACUGUGAUCAGUGGACUGUUCCUCCAUCUCUUCGUCACUCUCAUGGGGAUCUACUUCCUGGUUUGUCGCAAAAACCCAUUCGUCUACUUCAAGGGACUUUUCCAGGCCUUCUUCAUGGCUCUGGGCACGGCGUCCAGUUCGGCCACCCUUCCGAUCACAUUCAAGUGCUUGGAGGAGACUCUUGGAAUCGAUGCCCGCGUGACACGUUUCGUCUUGCCUAUCGGCGCGACAGUGAACAUGGAUGGAACGGCGCUCUACGAAGCUGUGGCCUGCAUUUUUAUAGCACAAAUAAAUGAAAUUACCCUAUCGAUCGGCCAACUGAUCACCAUCAGUAUAACGGCCACGCUUGCAGCCAUUGGAGCCGCUUCUGUGCCCAGUGCCGGAUUGGUUACCAUGGUGCUGGUUUUAACCUCCGUGGGGCUUCCAGUUAACGACAUCACACUGAUCUUGGCUGUCGAUUGGAUGCUAGAUCGUAUCCGAACUUCUAUCAAUGUGAUGGGCGAUGCUUACGGCGCUGGAGUGGUCGCCCACCUCUGCAGGAAGCAGCUAGUAAACCCUGCUAGGAGACUUACCAGCGUGUGCAUUGCGCAAGACCUACCCGAUCAUCUUCGCAAAGAUGAUGCUAAUACUGAUGCCGAUAGUGAUUGUGAUGGCGAUGUUCGUCCCAUCGAGCUUGAGGAACAUGCGCGAAAGGCUGAUGCGUAG